ACGCCAUUGCUCUGCGACGGUAGCGGAAGAGACGUGGCAAAAAAGCAAUCUGACGAGAUAUUAAAAAAAUAUUGAGGAAAGUACUCGAGAGUGCACGGCUUCAUGUUGAUAUUUGCAUCAGUUUGUGGUUGACCGGUAUUUCUGUUUAUAUUUUCAGGGAAAUCAUGGGUUUGUGCAAGUGUCCUAAGAGGAAGGUUACGAACCUGUUCUGCUUUGAACAUCGUGUCAACGUGUGUGAGCACUGUCUUGUAUCCAAUCACAACAAGUGUAUUGUACAGUCAUACCUACAGUGGCUACAAGACAGCGAUUACAACCCCAACUGCAGCCUCUGCAGCCAGCCCUUAGAUUCCCAGGAUACUGUUCGACUGGUUUGCUAUGAUUUAUUCCACUGGUCAUGUCUGAAUGAGUUGGCCUCCCGUCAGCCUCUCUACACGGCACCUGCUGGGUACCAGUGCCCAACAUGCCAGGGUCCUGUGUUCCCACCCCCAAACCUGGCCAGUCCAAUUGCAGACAUGCUGAGAGAACAACUGUCCUCCGUCAACUGGGCUAGAGCAGGACUGGGCCUUCCACUGAUUGAAGACCCACCAGAGAGGGAGGAAGCCUCAACACAUGAUGUUACGUGUUACUCUGAAUGGUCAACUUUUGAGACCCCGGAAGUGGAUAUAAUGAUGUCAAACCCCACACUCACCAAUCUACCACCCCAUCAGGAAGUGGAGCACAUCCACAAUAAUGGAGAACUGAGUGCCCAGAAACACUCCGUCAUCAAUAUGAGCACCACCUCUACCACUGACACAGUCACCAUCAACACAGCUACUUCCCCAAGAAAAGUGUACGACACAAGGGAUUCAGGAAACAGUGAAGUGAUGCAGAUUGACUUUGAUGAUGAUAAAUACCGCAGACGGCCUGCCCUUAGCUGGUUUGCACAGGUCCUAAAGAAUCGCACUAACACUAAGAAAAAGGCCCUCACACUGAAACAGCGAAUCUUCAUGUUGCUGUUAGUUGGAGUGAUUGGUUUCUUCACCCUCAUCAUCAUCAUGGCCAAACUGGGUCGGGCCUCUGCUGAGUCAGACCCGAACCUGGAUCCCAUGCUGAAUCCCAACAUCAGGGUAGGCAACAAGUGAUGGAUCCACUUCCUGCUAAAGCUCACUGUGUGGAUUCAGCGUGGAGUUUGACUUUACUGGUAAAACAUGAACUGGAAAUGCUGGAGAAAGAAUGCUCCUCAGGAUUCUGGGACUAGUGUGAAGAUACUGCUAUUUGGAUUGUGGGAGGAAAGUGUGACUUAGUGGUCAACCUGAGUGAAGAUGGAGAUGGUCAAGAAGUUGUUGCACAACAAAUCUCCUGUUUCUCUUGAGUGAGAUGAUAUAGGCUCUAUAAAAGUGUGUGUGCAACUGUGUUUCAUUCAGCUAUGUAAUUUCCCCUGGCAUACCCUUCUUAAAAUUGGGAUCAAAGAUUUUAUGUCACUUUAAUUAUUCUUUAUAAUAUGCACAGAACUCAUUAGGAUCAUACAUGGAAUUGGUGAGAUUAUUGCUGCUUUGAGAAUUUAUGGAUAUGAGGUGUCAGUUUGUUUUGUUUUUAGUUGAUUUUGAUUGCCUUUAUUAAUUGCUAAUUCAGUUAGUAAACCCUCUGCCUGUGAAUAGGCUUUUGCAGAUUUAUACUUCUCUUUGAAGUGGACUGUAUGGACUGUAAAACUGAUUUACUAAAGCAUUUAGAAAAGUGUUUUGGUUGGCAUAUUGCAAAAUGCUUUAGUAGAUGCAGCCUUAAAUAGACAGAUGCAAACUGUACAUGGUGAAUGGAAUGUCAGGGCCAUAUUUCAUUCAAAAAUUAUAUUUUGUAUUAUAGAAAUGAAGCCUAUUUUAGGGCUGUUACAUUUUCUUUUUACAUUGUGACAUUAUUGUUGUAAAAAUUAUAUUUUCUUCCUAUAUUUUCAUUACUGUUAUGAAAAAAUACUCAACACAGUAAUGAUAAUCAACUCAAACUUUUUUUAAUCAGCACAAAUUCAGUGCAGUACAAGAAAUAUCAUAAUGCAUACCUACAAUUUUACUUUAUAAAUGUACUGUACAAUUUAAAUUAUAUAUCAUUUUUUGUUAGCAUUAAUUAAUUUUUUCUUUCACUAUGGAGAAUUCAGACUUUUUUUUAUGCAAAAUAUAAUUCAUUAUUUAUAUUCUUUAGAGAAAGAAAUGUAUUAUUUUCUUUUGAUGUGAAAUAUGACCCGAACAUGUUCUUGACAGAUUCACACAAACAGCCUUUGUACGGAAGAAUUUAAAGUGUAAUGUAUAUGUUUGCAAAACUCACCCCAGCAAUCCAAAGCUCAUAUGUAUCUGGAGAUAAACAUUGAUAUUCUGGUAUUAUUUGCUAUUCUUAAAUAUCCUUGUUGCAUUUCUUGACUGCAACAAAUUUAGAGACUGUCUUUAUCCUUCAGCUCCAACGGCAUUCAAGAAGGUGACCAUCUGGGUUUGCCCUACAGAGAUUGCUUACUGGAGUGCCUACCAUAAUAUUUACAUCAUCUCUGAUUGUGGUUUAUAACAUGUUUUUUUGCAAUUUGCGUUUCUGUGUCUAUGGAUUUCCACUUUUUUGUCAUAAUUCAGCGAUAUUAUAUUAUAGUGAUAUUAUAAUAUUGGGUCAAUCCAU